CAGAAGAUAAGGAGCGCGCCGGCGCUGAGUCACGGCGGCCGGGCCGCCGCGACGAGUGGCCUGGACCGAGACGCCGGCCGGCGAGAUGCCUCGACAAUUUCCAAAGCUGAACAUUUCUGAAGUUGAUGAACAGGUGCGGCUUCUGGCGGAGAAGGUGUUUGCUAAAGUUCUCCGAGAAGAAGACAGCAAAGAUGCCUUGUCACUGUUCAGUGUGCCUGAAGACUGUCCUAUUGGGCAGACAGAGGCUAAGGAAAGAGAACUGCAGAAGGAGUUGGCAGAACAACAGUCUCUGGAGACAGCCAAAAGGAAGAAGAGUUUCAAGAUGAUUCGGUCCCAGUCCUUGUCAUUACAAAUUCCAAACCAAGAGGGAAAGGCACCAUCAAACACUUCAUUUCUGUCUCCUGCAACUCCAGUUGUUCCAGGUGCUUUUCAGCAAGUCCCAGUGCCAUACAAUGUACCAGAAUUUCAGAGAGUUGCAAUUAGUGGGGAUUACUGUGCAGGGGUUACAGUUGAUGAUUAUGAACAGGCUGCCAAGAGCCUGGUGAAAGCUCUACUCAUUCGAGAGAAGUAUUCACGUCUUGCCUACCAUCGCUUUCCAAGGACGACAUCACAGUAUUUGUGUACUAUGCAAGAUGAAAACUGGAAGAUCGAAGAUGAAGUAUGUCCAGAUUUCCAUCCUCCCCCAAAAGAACUAGAAGAUCCUUAUAACCUUGAUGAUGCUCCAGACAACUUGGAUUAUGUUGUCAAGAUGAAAGGAGGCAUUCCAUUUGUUUAUGACAACAAAGAAAUGAUGGGACUGAACGAGCCUCAGAGCUUGCCGUAUCCUGACCUGGAGACCUACACGCUUGACCUCAGCCAUGUUCUUGCUCUCAUUGCAGAUGGUCCAACAAAAACAUAUUGCCAUCGAAGGCUGAAUUUUUUAGAAUCUAAAUUCAGUUUACACGAGAUGUUAAAUGACAUGUCUGAAUUCAAAGAACUGAAGAGUAAUCCCCAUCGGGACUUUUAUAAUGUGAGAAAGGUGGAUACUCAUAUCCAUGCUGCUGCCUGCAUGAAUCAGAAACAUUUGCUGAGGUUUAUUAAGCAUACUUACCAAACAGAAUCAAACAGGAUUGUUGCAGAGAAAAAAGGCAAGAAACUGACAUUAAAGCAGGUGUUUGAAAGCCUUCACAUGGACCCUUAUGACCUCACAGUAGAUUCGUUAGAUGUCCAUGCAGGUCGCCAAACAUUUCACCGUUUUGAUAAAUUUAAUUCCAAAUACAAUCCAGUUGGUGCCAGUGAGCUAAGGGACUUGUAUUUGAAAACUGAGAACUACAUUGGUGGUGAAUACUUUGCUCGUAUGGUCAAGGAAGUAGCCGGUGAACUAGAAGACAGUAAAUAUCAGUACACGGAACCUCGGUUAUCCAUUUAUGGACGGUCUCCAGUUGAAUGGCAGAACUUAGCGAAGUGGUUCAUUAAACACAAGGUUUAUUCACCUCACAUGCGCUGGAUAAUUCAGAUUCCCAGAAUUUAUGAUAUAUUUAGGUCAAAGAAUCUGCUGCCUACUUUUGGGAAGAUGUUAGAAAACAUUUUCUUACCCCUGUUUGAGGCAACCAUCAAUCCCAAAGACCACAAAGAGCUGCACCUCUUCCUCAAAUAUGUAACCGGCUUUGACAGUGUUGAUGAUGAGUCCAAACAUAGUGGCCACAUGUUCUCUGACAAGAGUCCUAGCCCAGAUGCCUGGACCAGUGAAAGAAAUCCUCCAUAUAGUUAUUAUUUGUAUUACAUGUAUGCCAACAUCAUGUUGCUUAACAACCUUAGAAAGGAGAGAGGCAUGUCUACCUUCUUGUUUAGGCCUCAUUGUGGAGAAGCUGGGUCAAUCACUCAUUUGGUAUCAGCCUUUCUGACAGCUGACAAUAUUUCUCAUGGACUACUCUUGAAGAAGAGUCCAGUUCUCCAGUAUCUUUAUUAUCUUGCACAAAUCCCUAUUGCCAUGUCUCCACUUAGCAACAACAGCCUAUUUCUAGAAUAUUCAAAAAGUCCACUCCGGGAGUUUCUGCAUAAGGGACUUCAUGUUUCUCUCUCUACAGAUGAUCCUAUGCAAUUCCAUUAUACAAAGGAAGCCCUUAUGGAGGAAUAUGCCAUAGCAGCUCAAGUGUGGAAACUGAGCACUUGUGACCUGUGUGAAAUAGCAAGAAACAGUGUACUACAAAGUGGAUUGUCUGAUAAGGAGAAACAAAAAUUCUUGGGAAUAGAUUAUUGUAAAGAAGGGCCUGAAGGAAAUGACAUUCGAAAGACAAAUGUUGCACAGAUUCGAAUGGCUUUCAGGUAUGAGACACUGUGCAAUGAGCUUAGUUUCCUGUAUGAUGCUAUGAAAUCAGAAGCAAUUACGGCUUUAUCGCAACAGUCACAGCACCAAGAAAAAAGCCAGUUUUGCUCCUGACCGGAUUUAUUACCAACUGCUUUCUUAAUAUUGAAUCGUCUCUGUCUGAGAGACGCUAAGAUGGAACUGUUUGAACAACACCAAGAAGUAAAAUAUCCAUGGGAGAGGGAGCUGAACAGCAUUCGAAGGAAUCUUCUACACUUUACAGUUAUGUAGUGUUGGUUUCUACAGCCAUUAUGCUUUAGAUAUCAGAUGCAAGCUCAGAACUCUGUAAUCAUUUGUGCUACAUACUGCCUUUAAAUUGUACUCUGCAUUGUAGUUUAAAAACCCUAACAUAUUGUUGAUAUUGCUUGCAUCUGUGGUAUUCUACUGUAAACGCAAGAUGCAUGAAGACAACAGAUGCUGGUAGUACACAUGCAACUGAUUUUGUCAUGCUGGGUGUCAGUGACAGUCACAGCUAACAACACUUAAAUUUCAGCCCCUGGUUUGUUAGAAGAUUUUAGGAUGCACAAAAUUUAGAUGAGCACUUCUAUUCAUUUUGUAAAAUAUUAUGUGGCACUCACCAGUCUUUACAUAAAAUAUUAAACAGUGAUCUGAAGGGGAAGAGAGAUCAUUACCAGACAAUUAUUGCACAUCUUUUUAGGAUUACAAAUCAUUUAUCGUAUUAUUAUUACCUAGCACUUGGGGUAGAGAUGGGAAGAAACACAGAAGAUAAAUGCUGUUUCCUAAUGAAAACAGAAAAAUCAGUGUAAAAAUAUUGUACAUCAUAGUACUACAAAGUGACUUUUGAAGUUGUAGCUUCAUUAAGAAAGCAUGCCUUGAAAGUGGAGAACAAUUUUUUUUUUUUUUUUUUGCUUGCUUUGUUACCAAAGAGAGUAGGUAUGUCCUGUGUUCGUUAUCAUAUUUUCUCACGUACCACAUGACCCCAUGAUUUAGGAAGGCAGAAUGAAGAGAAAAAGAUUUUUCCAGUCAUGGCUGAAUAUUGGCCACAUGGAGCAGGGAUGGAAACUACUCUUCAGUAUCACUCACUCUCCCCUCACAGCUCUACAACUAGAGCUUGUCACAGGCACUUGCUGAAUUGACUGCUCAGCCAAAAACUGUUGCUAAUUUGACAGUGGCCAUGACAAGGUCCAAGCUUUACUUGCAUAUCAAAUCUGCCAGGAGAGGGAGUGACUCUCAAAAGCAGACUCUAUCCCUGCUGCAUAUGGCUGGGAGCCCGGUAUCAUGCCAGCAGCCAUUCUAGCAUCCCCAUGCCUCCAUUCUGGUGUGAAAAAUCAAUUUUCUUGUUAAACUACACCCCCAGUUUUGAGGGAAGGUGCAUGUGGUAUGCAAGUGAAUACAGUACUUGGAAAUGCAAGUGACUUGUUGUGGAUGCAUACAAAGGAGAACCUAUUGACUUGAACAAGAAUAAACUCUGGCUAUUAGUGGUAGAAGUUAAAGACUUAGAUUCAGGUACCACUUCUGACCUCUUACGUGUGUUUUAUUGUAUUUUAGCUUAUAUUUUUAUUAAUGGAUGAGAUGGGUGGUAAGUCAAAUUGUGUUUUUAUUUAUACAGAAGUUAUCCUAUUUUGAGAUAAAAUAGUCUAAGAUUACUUAUGUGAAACUUUUUAUUUAGGGAAGGGGUUGACUUAGGAAGAUGUAGCUACUAUAAUAUUUAUCCUGUGAUUUCACAUUCUUCUGCUUGAUUGUCUUCCUUAAGACACAGCAUUACCAUUCAAAUGAAAGGAUUAAAAUAUAGUAUGCUGCUAGCACCUUAUCCAUGUUGUAAUACUAUAUGCCGUUCAUACCAAAAAAGAUAAAGGGCUUGAUUCAUUAACGGACUUUAGUGCUGCAAUGUCUAACUGAAAGAUGCUUGGGCUCUGGAGUGGAAUCUAGAGCUUGGUAUUUAGGCUUCCUGUGCAGUGCCCUGGCACAAGUAGGCCUCAAAGUCCAUCCGAGAAAUUCCACAUGCUGAGCAGGGAGCUGCCUACAGCUGGUCAAAAGAAAAUGCUACUUAAAUUGUGAUUCUCUCUAAAGUAGGGGUAGGCAACCCCUGGCACAAGUGCCAGAGCAUGGCACUUGAAGGCAUUUUGCUUGGCACAUAUGCCUUGGGAGCAGACGGCAGGGAAGGGACCAGGGCUAUGCUGCCACAACAAGGAUCAGGCCCCUCAUUGCUGCCUUGCCAUCUGCCCCUGGCAUGCCAGAAAUCUUACAAGUCAAGGUUGCGGGUGUUUUUGGCACUCUGCCCAAAAAUGUUGCUAAUCCCUGCUCUAGAGUUUCGGCACCUGCAGGCAGCUCCAAGUCAGAUGACUCCAUCAAAUCGGCACCCCCAGCCUGGAAUCCUCUCUUAAGGGUAAAUGUCUACAUCUGUUCUCAGAUAAAUAAGAGCAAAUCCUCUUCAAUUUAAGCAUGCUCAGGCAGUGUGGGCAGUGGAUCACGGCUCUGCCCUGGCUCCAGAUCACACUGUUACUGUUGCAAAAUCCUGGCCCUGGAGCAACUCCCUGCCCAGCCACAUACCCUGCCAGCACUGCUAGGGUCAAUCUCCAUGGAAACCCUGGCCCCUCCCAGUUGCUGCUGGGGUCUCCAUGGGAGUCAGCCACCAUGACACGGGCAGGGGCUGCUGGGAAAUGGAGUCCGUUAUGGGCCGAAUCCAGCCCAUGGGCUGGACUUUGCCCACCCUGGUUUAAACCCACGUCAUCUCAUCUAAGAGUGACAUAACCACUAUGUCACAGGAUUGUGUUCUCUCUUGUGCCGUCUGUGGCCCAGUGAUUCUACAUCCUUUUCUGUGCUUUGGCAGGAUGGGUAGGUAAUGCCCACCCACCCCAGCCUAGCCUAGCCUAGCCUAUAGUCUCAUGGUUAGUUCUGUUGUGUAAGCAGAGCUGGAUGUGCCUAUGUCUAAAGGAAGUUUUAUAGGGUGGGCACUAUUUGUACCACUUUGUUUUUUUACGCUUGUAAAAUAAAUUGACCAUAACUGCAUGUGAUCUCUUGUUGCCAGGAUGUGUUAGGCUUGCUCUGUGAGCACUGAGCAGCUUAUGACAUUCUAGGGGCUUAGGCACUGAGCUGCUCAGGGCGACUUCCAGGCAAAUGCAGAAACCCUACUUACGGUGUCUAGAAUAACCAGAAAAAAAAAAAUCAGACUACCAUAUUUUCUUGCAUAAAACAUGUAACAGCCACCUGAAUAAGAUGUGCAUCUUGUUUUUGAAAGGCAGAAUGAAGAGAAGAGAUCACUUCUUGGAAACAUUAGUAAGUAACCAAGUAGUGGCUUCUGCAGAGGAGCCUGUGCUGGUAUAUGGGAGAGGGAACAAAAGUAUCCAUAGUAAGCAGCUAGGGAACUCAAAACAUGCAGCACUUCCACCUCACUUUUCUUUCCCUGGCAAAGACAGAAACUUCUAUUUCUGUAUUUCAUCACUUAUCAUUUACACCCCAAUUACUAGAAGCUGAAUUUCAGGGGAAAAGAUGCAUGUUUUAUGUAAUUAAUAUAUGGUAACAGUAGCACCUAGCAAAUUCAGCUGGCUUGAGGGUUAUGUGGCAGCUGCACAUCUUUUUUUUUUGCGGACGAGGGGGAACAACUAAGGCAUCACAGUUCUGCCAGUGCCCAUUAUUGGGUCCAGCCCAACAUCUUCAGUCCCCAUUUGGGGUCAGAUUCCUAAGACUCCCAGUGAAGGCAGUGGUAUUACACAAACAACACACACCUAAUACUGUUUGAAUGUAUGCUGAGAAAAUUACACAGAGGUCUAGCAUUUCCAGUAAACUCAUGAACUUGGUUUGGGGGGGGAGGGGGAUUCCCCUCAUAACACAUGAUCAAGCCUUUUCUGGAGUUCCAUUUUCUUACACUUCGGCAGAGGUGAUAGUUAGAAAUGUGUGUUCAAGUGGUCAUGUGAACUACUUGAAGUGAAGAUGCCUUGAGUGCUGUAGAUGUGCUGGAAGGCUGCUCCAACAUGCUAGAAUUGUACAGCGUCAGAGAAGACUCAGUUGAGUCUGCUGGAGCAUGAUCGCUAGUACGCUCCAGCCAGCCUCUGCAUCUUGUGCGUCAGCAUCCCCACUCAUUAGCUUUAGUUAAAACACCCCUGCUGCCAGUUUGAAGCAUAGGGACGCUGAUACAUGAGAAGCUGCAGGUGCUUUAAUUAGAGCAGGUCUCGGAGCUGCUCUAGUUACAGCUCCCCCCCAAGCACGUGUAAAAAUGCCCCUUGUUUUUAUUAAUAAUGGAUCAUUAAGAAAUGUUGUUCAUCUGAGUUUGAAUCACCACUCUGAUUAUUUUGGAGCAUUUAACCUUUCAUGACAUGUCUUCUUUAUCUCCAGUGAGAAGGGAAUGCAUUGUUUUUCUUGGGUUCUCUCCCCAAAGAUUGCUCUUUUCUAUGUUGUUCAAUCUGAGUCUAACUUUUGUUUAGCUAGUUGAACCUGUUGUAUGGCUUAAUACCUUCUCAGCUCCUUGUGCCUUGUAGCUUUCUCUAUCAACACCAACACUAUCUUUUGUAAAAAGUGUUAGCAAAGAUUCAUUGUGGCUUGUUUCUCAUUGGACACUAAUAUGCUGAAUACAUCAGUUGUUUGUCAUUGCAAGAGAAAUCACUUAUUUCAGAUUGAGUUUUGCUGCUGGUGCCUUCCAAGAUGCUGCUGUAAACUACUGACAAAUUAAUAGAAAGAUAUCUAUU